AGAAAGGAUGACAGGAAGCAAGUGCCAAAAAAUAAUAUUGCCUUGAACUACUGAUCGUUUGUUAAUAAGUGAUUAGUUGCACCAUUUUUCAGUCUUUUCCUCCAACUCUAUGAAAAUACUUUGUAAAGUCAAGAAGCUUCGCAGUCGUACAGGUGCGCACCUUCUCAGCGUUUUUCUUCAAAGGUUCAGAGUUUAGGCUGUUAUCAUGGAAAAGUCUAAAAACUUCAGGAUCGACGCCCUCCUCGCCGAUGAUACCAACCGCUGCAGCCGUGAUCUCUCCCCGGGUCUGAGCAGCGACAGCCCGGCGGGCAGCCCGGUGUCCUGCCGGCGCGCAGACACCCCAUCCCCGCGGGGAGCGCACCUCCAGACCGGAAUAAUGCCCAAACCGAACGGCCUUAAUCUCCCGCACCCAGGCCUGGCUUCUCUGACUCAGGGCGCAUUUCACGGGAUGUAUCCCCCACCGAUGUACCCACUGAGCGCUCUGGGAGGGCAGCAUCCAGCCUUCGCAUACACCGGUUUUACGCAGCUGACGCACAGCUACCCGGAGCACCUGAAGGCGGCUGCCAUGGCCGGAUCUCUACCCCUGGAACACUGGAUUAGAGCCGGGAUUAUGAUGCCCCGGAUGCCAGAUUACACCUCAGGCCCUCAGUCCGGCCUAUUGGGGAAAUGUCGCAGGCCUCGUACGGCCUUUACCAGCCAGCAGCUCCUGGAACUGGAAAACCAGUUCAAACUAAACAAAUACCUGUCCAGACCCAAGCGUUUUGAGGUGGCCACCUCCCUGAUGCUGACUGAGACUCAGGUCAAGAUCUGGUUUCAGAACCGGAGGAUGAAGUGGAAGCGCAGCAGGAAAGCAAAGGAGCAGGCAUCUGCCUCCAAUCAGGGGGAGGCUGAGCGACUAAGAAGUGGAGGAAAAGGGGCAAGUGACAAAUCAGAUGAGACCAGACGAGGUCUAAAUGUGGACAGCAGUCGGAUAGAGUACGGACUGGAAGACGGAGAGGACGCGGAGGAAGACGAUGAAGUAGAUGAAGAGGAAGAAGAAGAAGAGGAGGAGGGAAGCCAGCAUGGGUAUCGUAUCACCCUGAGCAACAAAGUUGGAAUAUCACGGUCCACAGACUUCUUCCAGCAUAGCAGCAAGCUCGGGUACGACUCCCACAGCCCAUUCUCUGAUGAUGAGCUGGAGGGGAUGCAGGUAGGAGGAGGUGGAGACAGGAAAAUUGGGGCAGGACUGUGAGGAGACCCUAAGAAUGCCCUGAAUGUUACAAAGAGAUUUGAACAGAAAAAAAAACAUGCCCAUAAAGCAUCUGUUUGUGUUUACUUGAAAAGACAAUUUCUAAACCUGAAAAUGUGUCUCUUUUCACUUACAUAAAAAAAAAAAAUAAUCUGUUUCUGGAAACACUAAUCAUUCAAACAGCACGCUCUGGACAUGAACUAAUUCAUAGUUUUGAAACUAUCUGAAUAGAAUCACUUUACAUACUGUAAACCUUGAAGCAUGCAGACAUAUUUGCUACCAUCUUUCACUUGUUUGGCAACACCCUGUUGGUUCUACCUGGAGCUCCACCCUGCAAACACACUUUCUAUAAAAGGAGAGCCUGAGGAUUAAACCUCUUGAAUGAUGCAUGGUGCGGCGACAUGAACAUCAUCUGUGUUGCAUUUCGUUUUUCGUAAAUAUCGCUGUUGUUCUGUCAUCACUGUUAUGAACACCAUUGUUGUUGUUUCCAUGCAAGUGAAUGGUCUUAAUUUAUUUGAAU